GUGGUCUUCCUAGACUUUGAGAAGGCGUUUGACACUGUUCACCAUGACCUUCUCCUACAUAAAAUAAGCCAGGCAGGCAUAGGUGAGCCACUUCUGUCAUGGUUGAAGGACUACCUAGCCGACAGGCAAUUUUGCACUAAGGUUAACCGAGUCCGAUCAUCUUGGCACAGAUCGUCAUCAGGAGUGUCGCAGGGUUCUAUCCUAGGACCACUGAUGUUUUUGAUUUUCAUCAAUGAUCUACCACGCCGUCUGAGCUGCCCGACUCUCCUGUACGCUGACGACGUAAAAAUAUGGAGGGCGAUAAAGUGUCCGGAGGACUCAGAUAGGCUACAGGAAGACCUAAACCUUCUGGAAGACUGGGCGGUGGCCAGUGGCAUGACUUUCAACUUGAAAAAGUGCAAAGUAGUGAAGUUGCGCACCUGUAGACUGCAGAAUGCAAGUUACACCCUGUGCAAUGAAAGCUUGUCCUGCACAACGUCGGAACGCGACUUAGGUCUAGUUCUAACGGAAAAAAUGGACACAAGCGUAAAUUACACAGGGGAUGUAGCGAGGGCAUAUGCGGUCAUACACUUUACGCAUAGACAGUUAGGUGCACUCACUCCUGAGCUCUUUCUAAUGUUGUACAAAACAUACGUCAGGCCACACCUUGAGGUGCAUAAUAUUAUUGCACCCCCAAUGCUGAGAAGAGAUGCCAACCUCUUGGAAAGAGUCCAACGACGGGCAACAAAAGGAGUGGUUGGUCUCCGAAACAAACCAUAUGAUGAAAGGCUGAAGAAAUUAGGCCUGUUCACACUUAGUUACCGUCGGCUUAGGGGGGAUUUGAUUACUGCCUACAAAAUAACAAAUGACCAGAAUCACCCAAACAAAGGUGUUCUGCCAUUGAGUAGGUAUAGGCUUCCACGUGGAAAUCCCAGAAGGAUAGCUCACCAGAGGGCAAGGACCCGGGUGCGCUCCCACUUCUUUUCACUGCGGGUUUGUCGUCCCUGGAAUUCCUUACCGGCAGAUGUAGCUAUGGCACCGUCUUUGGACGCCUUUAAGCGAAGGCUGGACAACCAUGCAGCUAUACAAGGACUGCAUCCAAAUGGCCUAUCUCCUUAAAAUCGCAUUUACCAAUCAGGGUAGAUAAUUAAACUCGUCAUUUUACUUCUUUACAUUCUCUCCCGUCUUACUCUCCUGACAACUUAUUAAUAUUAUAAUUACUAUUAUUAUUAUUACUAUUACCGAUAUAUAUAUUAUUCUUCAAACUUCAUGAGCUGACUGUUGUUACGUUUCCUAUUUUCGUUUCUGUCUCUUAGUCUGAAUAGCUU